GUUGCAUAGAAAUUUCUUUCGUUAAUACGAUACGCAAUAUGCGUAAAAAACAAAAUGAAGAAAAGAAAAAAUGAGGUGGUGAGUACUGAGUGGUGGGUGAGGCUAUUAAAGUUCAUCAACAACAUAUCCAGCAAUAAUCAAACGAUUAUCAAAAUUAGAUGGUGAUAAUAAAAAUGAGUGUUCACCUCUUUGCGCUCUUGGUCCUCAGCUUGGUUGCUUUCUUCUUCUGUCUCUCUGAAGCAACAUCAAUUACUUCAACUUCAACAAAACCCCUAAUUUUCAUCGAAACCAAUCAGAGCACCGCUACUGCUAGAAGCUGCUCAUACACAUUGACGAUCAAAACAAGCUGUUCUUCACCUAAAUACACCAGAGACAGAGUCAGUAUUGCUUUUGGAGAUUCUUACGGUUUUGAGGUCCACGCGCCGAAGCUAGAUGAUCCAUCGUCGAAGAUAUUUGAAAGCUGUUCUACUGAUACUUUCCAGAUCCGUGGCCUCUGUAUUUAUGAGAUCUGCUACCUAAACUUGAAGAGGGUUGGAUCGGACGGCUGGAAACCGGAGAGCGUCAAAGUGUACGGUCCAGAUCGUCCUGCUAUUACCUUUAAGUAUGAUAAGUUUCUUCCUAAUGGAGUCUGGUUUGGAUUUAAUCACUGUAAGAAACGCUCUCUCUAGGAAUCCGUUAUGUAUGAAAUUUGCGUUUUGCAGAUUUAAUCCAUGUAUUUAAAUGUGUUGUUUGGA